GACGCAGAGUUUCCGCAGUGACGGCGCCACUCAGGUUCAGCGUCUCUCAGACCUUGUGGUGCCCUUAAACUUGAAGUCCAAACAACUCUACCGUCAUGGCAUCUCAAGUGCCAGGGCUUUCAGCUCUGACUAAACCGGGGUUAAUACCGGGUUUUAAGGUUACUAAAGAUCAGCUGACCACCAUCGUUCCCGUUGCAGUGGCCGCGGCUCUGAGCACCUACCUGCUGACACGCUACUUCAGUUCGCAGAGCAGCCCCAAGGGCAGGGUCAACAUGUCAAUCAACAAAGACAGCCCCAAAGUAGUGCACAGCUUCGACAUGGAGGACAUCGGCAACAAGGCCGUCUACUGCCGCUGCUGGAGAUCUAAGAAGUUUCCCUACUGUGAUGGUGCGCACACAAAACACAACGAGGAAACUGGUGAUAAUGUCGGACCUCUGAUCAUUAAGAAGAAAAACCCCUAAAUACUCAGUGAGUGUGUGUGUGUGCGUGUAUGUUUGCAUCAGUGUUUUCCAUCCACUGGAGGUGAGAGAACCCGAAUAAGGAUUUAAUAUCACAACUACUCUAAUUCGCAGUGUUAAUGUGUCUCAUUCACACAAGGACUUCCUGUAGCACUGCAGUCAUGCAUCAGCAAACAUACUGUAUUUCCUGUAAACAUAGUGUGGUUUUACUCUUGGGCUUCCUCUCUGCUUCUGACACAAACCAGAUCAUUUAAAUGUGCUUCAAAUGUACUCAAAAAUAACUUUGCACUACAGUGCAGAGAAAUGGAGGUCAGAGCUAUUACGCACAGUUCAAAUGAACAUUUCAGCGAACGUAACUUGAACAUUUGUGUAGAUGUAAAACUAAAACUAAACCAGGUUCCAUUUAAAAACAACAUAUGUGUAUAUUUUCUAUCAUGAUGUGUAAUUUGAAGGCCAUGUGUGUUUUGCUGUACGAUGAAGAUGUACAUUUUGAAUAAACGUAGUUUGAAAUGUU